GGCCUUUUCCCGUUACCAUUUUGCAGAGAAAAAAGGCGAGUACACGGACGUUAAACCCGUAACAUGUCCGAGGGCUCCAAACAUAUUAGGCAUGAGGCAGGAUCAGAAGCCAGCUUUGUCUUAGACUGAAGAUGUGCUCCCCUACCUCUUCGCUGCAAAAACCUGGAGUGCAGUUGAUAGAGGGGUGAGAAGAAGAAGGACUUCCAUGACAGACCUGAGACGCGUGAAUGAGUUUCUGGAAGAUCAGCUGCCCUUCUAGAAGAUGUGGAAGAAACAGAAGCCGAUGCCAGCAAUGAGGAACAUCCAGCAGACAUUCCAAGCACAGUUUAUGCCAUGGAAGAGUGUGCUCCAGAGGAAAGAAGUUAAAAUGGAUCCAGACCUGAAAUCCUCAGAGGCUGAGAAUGGUGUGGAGGAGAAGAAGAAGGUCUGCAAGUCGCCAACUGCCCAGUCCCCCACCCUGUCCAGCGAGGCUGAGUCCCCAGACCAGAAGAAACUCAUCUGCCUACGGUCAAAAUCCAGUUUUGAUGGUGUCUCUUUAGCAAGUGACAAGAACGAAUGUAAAACAGAAAGCAAAAAUGACUCUAAGACUGAAAGGAAAAAGUCUUCGUCUUCCAGCCAGUUCAAGGCAAAUAGGCAGUUUCACAAGCUGUUUCUUGAUGUCCCAACUGAGGAACCCCUGAGGGAAAGUUUUACCUGCGCUCUCCAAAAAGAGAUAUUAUACCAGGGGAAGCUAUUUGUAUCAGAAAACUGGAUUUGUUUUCAUUCCAAAGUCUUUGGAAAAGACAUUAAGAUCUCCAUUCCAGCUUUCUCAGUAACCCUAAUAAAGAAAACCAAAACUGCCCUUCUGGUGCCAAAUGCCCUGAUUAUAGCCACACUCACAGACAGGUACAUAUUUGUGUCCUUUCUCUCCAGAGAUUCAACUUACAAACUCCUAAAAUCUGUGUGCGGACACUUAGAUAAUACAAGUGUUGGUAACAGUCCCAACCCGUCUUCUCUUGAAAACAGUCUUCGGGCAGACCGCCCUUCAUCUCUCCCUCUGGAUUUCAACGAUGAAUUCUCAGAUCUGGAUGGAGUGGUUCAACAAAGAAGGCAAGACAUGGAAGGAUACAGCAGUUCUGGUUCUCAGACUCCCGAAUCCGAGAACUCCAGAGAUUUCCAUGUGACAGAAUCCCAGACAGUUCUGAAUGUCUCCAGGGGAGAAGCAAAACCAAGUAGGGCAGAUGCCCAUGUGAACAGAGUGCCUGAAGGAAAAGCCAAGAGUCUCCCUACACACGGUCAGUCAGAAACCGUUGGAAUCCUACACAAAGUAAAGUCUCAGAAAUGUCCAACGCUCCACCAAAUUCUUAUAUUCUAUGCAAUUAUUGUCUGUGUACUAAUCAUCUCGACCUUCUACAUGAGAUACAGAAUUAAUACUCUGGAGGAGCAGCUGGGGUCACUAACUUCCAUUGUGGACAUCCAUCGUACAGAAGACACAGCACCAUCCGGCCUGGGGUCACAAGUACAAUUAAAUAUGGAGGUCCUCUGCCGAGAGCUUACAGCAAACAUAAUGAAAUUAGAAAAGAUACAAAACAACUUACAGAAGCUGCUUGAGAAUGGUGACUGACUGACCAGAUUGCGCGGGCCAACGUAAUACCUCGCGCUUCCCUUCUUCCCUGGGAAGAAGAUGCUCCCAGAGGCGUUCUGGCGGAGCGCUCCCUGCUGGCCGGAGGAGCGAGCAGAUGGCCUCCCCAGCCAUGUUUGCACUCGGAGCCCUCCAGCUCAGGAAAGGGGGGAGAGGGAAUAAUUUUGGUUCCUGUGCAAUAAACGUUGACCUUGACUCUCUGAGGAAGUUUUCAGUGCUGCUGCCUGAAGAAAACAGACCCAUCCCGGGAGGUCUCAGGAAGGAACUGGUGGAUGGAUCUUCUAUUACAUGAUUGUGGUUCAGUGGUUAUCGUGACUGUGUCAGCAAACACACUCCACCCCCUGCCUUUGCCGUCCUGCCCACCCGCCUUUUCUCUCCUUUACACCCCAGCCUUCAGAUUAAGGGAUGUAUCACGUGCCAACAAACCUGAUAUGAUCCUUUAAAGAAUUAGCCAUGAGUCUCCAAAAGGCAAUAAAUAGCUCUAAUGAACACAUGUGUUUCAAAGAAGUAACACCAGCAUUUUGUCUUUUUUUUUUCCUUCUGCUGUUAUGUUCUAGUCUAAAUCAUCUGUGUAUCUUAACUUCUCAAUUGAGUUAUUGGCAAGAAUAUCAGGCAAAGUAGAUUAAACUACCCAUUUAUGGUUUGUUUUGUACUUCUACUACUUCAUUGGACUGAUUCUCACCCACCCCAGGUCAAGAAUCUGUGAGACAUGGGACUGAAGUACUAAAUAAACUUACUUUGAAAACAAAACUAAUCUUUAAACCAAAAAGUAUAAUCGUGAUUAGAUACAGGACAAAAAAACACUGAAUUUUUAAGAUGAUAAGUGGACUACAUUAGUUUUGAAACAGGAUGUCUGUAUUGAUGCUGAAAGCCCUUUCAGCAUGACUAUAGCAUGCUUUUUCCUUUUGCUAACUAAAAUAAAUAACUGGUUGUUUGCUAACUUCUAUUCACCAUAUGGGUUGCCUGGUUUUUAUUAAUAAUUAUUUAGGUACCAGAAGAUCUGUAAUAUGAAAGAUAUUCUGUUUCUAUCUUCAAUGCAUUUUAUAAUCAUUUCUAUGAAAUGUAUUUUGUUUAAUCAUAUAAGCUAAUAAGUGAAUUGGUUACAUCCUUUGUAUUUGUUAGCCUACUGGACAAGAAUUGUGCCUGGUGCACCCCUGGCUUUUAAUAAAUACUCAUUGGUUAAAAUGC